AGAAACUACUAGAGUAAAAAAGGCAACGAAGCAGACGUGCUAUUCCAGAAGCCCUUGCGUCCGGCUCCAGCCGAACAAACUAGAUAGUCGAAAGGAGAAAAAUUAUAAAGGCUGUCGCAUGGUUUGACUCUUCUCCCGCACCCAUUCAUUCCACUACGACGAGCACCCCGCACAAGCAGUCUUAAACAAAAAAUGGCAUUUCCGCGUUCGUCGCGGGACCAUGUAAUGGGACCAGAGGUCCAGCAAAUGGUGUACCCCUACAGCGUCCAGAAGUUUCCGGAGCAAACCGUCUUCAGACGAACCGCAGCGAUCAAGAAUCACCUGAGAUCACAGGUAAUGCGGAUGGAGGUUUAGAUAGAAUUAAUUUGUUUCCAGGCAAGAAAGAUAGAAGUACUUAUGUUGACCAUGUAGUGCAAUGAAUUUACAUCUGGAUGAUCUUAUGCAGCUGCAAACAUCCUCUCGCCCCAAAAUGAAACGUGAAGAUUGAUAAACCUGUAGGCCCGCAACUGCGACCGAAUGUCCACAUACGAUCACGACUUUGGCCGGAGGCAGGAAGCAAUAGGGUGGGACUCCGCGAGAAGUGUGUCAGCGAGGACGGAGGCAUACCGAGCAGAAGUACUAAGUGAGCGAGUUAUUUAGGAUUAGGAGUAUGAGUAACAUUGCCAGGCAAAAUGUUAUUUCAGUGUCAGGAGAAGAUCAUUGCAGGUGGAUCCACGACCAAGAACAGUUGAGUAGAAGCGUCAGGGUCGAACAUGAUCAUUUUCUUCUUGACGAUGUCUCCACGACGCGCCCGCUAUGUGCGAACCUUGCCAAAAAUACCUGAAAACAGGACCAACUGCCAACGUCGGCAGCUCUUAGUGCAAGGAAGGAAGACCCGGAAUUGCGGAACAAAGUGGCACGCUCGGGAAGGAAGGACUUCGAGGAUUUACGGCACGGAAAUGUUUCGUACUUUUCGUCUUACAGGAUCUACUCCGGCCUGUUUGCGUGGCUUGUUGAGAGUUUUGUCACCACGAGAUGAGAGGGAAGAUCCCAGAUUGUAUUGUUUGAAGAAUAUCUAUAUCAAGCCGCGCAUUGAGAAAAUUGUGCAAGGAGCGUGAGAUGACGCACAGGAUGAUUGUUACAAAGAAAAGUAUGACUAGAGAUGAAAGUACGGACCUUGCACCGGUAUAGUAGGGGAAGAGGAACUAUUUCCAAUCUGGCGGAACGCGAACUAUGGGGACAUUGCAGGACCUGCAGCAGCAAGGUAGGUUUGAUUCGCUUCGACACGAGCACCGCUAUGUGUACCAAUGACAUGACGCAUGGAGUAGAUGUGACUCACGUUGAGCUUGUGGGUGAAACAUGAAAAAACAACAACGAUUUCGAUGUACCAGGUCGUGGGCUGCAGAUCAAUCCGGCCGGCUGGGCAGGGACACACUUCACCCCGCACAAGUAUGGCAUUCUCAAACGUUACAUUCUGAACUGUUACAUAAAUUUGUGAUGCAAGAAUGGCAAAGCUACAAAACAAGGGGGAAGAUUGCGCCUUUUGCAUAACAGACUUGGCACAGAUUUCCAGCCUAUUUGACCGCUCGGGAAUCUGUCAUGCGAAGCAGCUUGAUUGUGUCGAUUCUGAUUGGAAUUUUGCAUGACAAACCAUGUAACAGCUGAGAGUGUAACAGUUGAGAGCGCCAGAACAAGUUCCCGAACGAGUUCCGUGGCGGAACGGACCGACAAGUAUCGCAAGAAAAAACUGUUUCACUGUAAACUUGUAAUGCCGAAAAUGCAUCUGAGAAGUAUUUGUCUUGCUACACAUACAAGAAAGUGAAUUUUUAGCUGUGUUUCCCCUUAGGAAGCUUGCAUGGCAAAUUUUCUCUGUGAUGUAGAGCAAACCUGUGAUGCAAAGCAUGCAAAUUCCUUACAGUGAAACACUUUUUUCGUACGAUAACAAGUGGGAAUAGUGCAGAAGAUAUCAUAGAAAAGUAGGGCCUUGCCAACAGGGUCGGUUUUGAAAUAAGUGAAGGUGCCAGAUGGUUUGUCUGCGAAGAGUUAUUGCGCACAGUGAUAACAAAACGAUAAUGAGGCACGAGAUCUUGAUGUGUCUACUGGGGUGCCAUUGAUGUGUCAAUCAUGAUAAUUAAAGUGCCCGGGCACAGAAGAGCUGCAUUCUCGAUGAAAAAUCAAAAAUUGGCAAAUUUGACGGAGCCAAGCAAAAACGAAAACCCGAAUCUUUGCAAGAACACUUUUCUCUACGAUAGAGGAUCCACACACUAAACCUACGGGGGCCGCAGUUGUACUUUCGUACUAGUGGAAGCGGGACAAAGGGCGGCGAGUUUUGAGGAGGGGACACGGACAGGAAGUAAUUCAAAACCAAUGUACAAUGGAUAGCACUACUCGGAUGUACUUAAGAUUUUCUUCUACGCAACACCAUUUGAUGCGCAAUCUAAAUCCAUAAUCUAAAUGUAAUCCGCCGCUUCAAUACAAUGCUUAGCAGAUUUUAAUCAAUUACCAGUAGACUGAGGAAGAUGAUAGCAGAGGAGCAGGAUGCCAGAGAUAGCAGAGGAACAUGAAUGUGACAGUGGAACGCACCAGAACCAUCCUCUGUGUUUGCGAAAGCAGACCUUUUGCGCAGUCCCGCGACAAGAAACGUGACCUGGUCGGUCCAGACGACAGCGGCAGAGAAAUUGCGCUGCUGUAACUUAGCUUUCAAUUGUACGAAAUAAUGUCCACCAAUAGCGAUAGCGAGGAGAACAUUUAGAUUUACCCUCGAGCUCUGACGCAACAAAAAUGUUUAAAAAGCGCCAUCCUCACGCUUCUUUGCGAACUGAGACUGACGCUCCCUCGCAAUCUGCACCCAGCGAAAAUUUAAAUUGAAGGAUGUGAUGCGUCUUACUAAAAGCUAAACUAAAUAAAACUUUGUAAAA